CUUUUACAAAAUCUUGUCCAGAUUGUUGCCGCUACUUAAAUCUUUAGUUUUAAAUCAUCUAAACGAACUGAAAUAUCUGUACAUUGUGAAAUAACCAAAUCAUAGAAUGGGAAAUACCGGAAGCAAGAAGAAGUACAACGUCAACGAAGGCGGUGCCGCUAAAGAAGACGCGGUUGUAGCGAUUGAUAAUUCAGUCAAACCCGUGGAGGCCGAGCAAAAAGUAAACGGAGGAGUUGAGAGUGGAACUAACGGUCAUGCUGACGUAGAAGUACAAGUGGUAAAUGGGAAUGGAACGCCUGCUAAAAACGGCGCUGACAAAAAGGCUCGCUCACCGAUCAAAUUCAAGCUUCCAAAAGGUUUCCCUUCGUUUAAGUCUUCGCCGAAGUCGCCUCCGACCGAAAAUGAUAAGGUCGUCGAAGUAAAGACGGAAGAACCGGCUGCGGAAAGCCAGGAACCAGCAAAGGAAGAGAAAAAGGAAGACGCCGAUGAAGAUACUAAGCAAGAAGAAGCAGCUGCUACACCAGCAGAAGAAGAGCCAGCGAAACAACAAGAAGAAGUUGCUAAAGAAGAAGAAACUCCGAAAGAAGAUGCUCCCGCACAAGAAGAAGCCGCCGCAGAUGAUGCAAAAGUUGAAGACGCACCAGCAGCCACCGAAGAAGCUGUGGAUCAAGCUCCAGUGGAAGAAGCGAAGUCCGAUGAAGCAAAAGAAGAAAUUCAAGAAGAAACUAAAGAGGAAGCGAAAGAAGAAGCUGCAGCUGCAAGUCCGAAGAAAGGAGGAAAAAGUUUAAAAAAGAUCUUGACCGGUACCUUUGCUUCGAUCAAGCGAAGAACCUCCAGUAAGAAAACGAGGAAGGAAAGCGUGGAUGAAAAGGUGGAAGAAGUGAAAGAAGACGCUCCCGCUGAUGCUAGUGAUGCUCCUGCUGCUGAAGAAGCGAAACAGGAUGAAGAAGUUGCCACAGAAGAAGAGCCAAAAGCAGAAGAACCAGCCAAGGAAGAAGAAAAAGGCGAAGAAACCACCCAGGAGGCCGCCAACUAUGAAACACCAGCAGCAUCGGAAGAAUCUUCAGCACAGGAAGAAGCUGGUGAGAAGACGGAAGAUAAACCAGCUGAGGAAGCAGCCGAUGCUCCAAAAGAUGAAACGGCAGAAACGGAAGACGCCAAAGACGAAGGUUCCCCAUCUAAGUCUCCAGGUUUUAUCGGCUCGGUGAGAAGUUUCUUCGGCAGCCUUGGACGUAAAAACAGCAAAAAAUCGAAGGAAGAGCCGGAAGAGAAAGAGGACGAUGCUGCAAAAGAGGAAGAAACACCAGCAGCUGCUACUGAUGAUGCUCCAGCAGAAGAAGCCAAGCCAACCGAAGAACCAGAAUCACAAGAAGCUGAAACUCCAGCAGCUGCUGAAGAUAAACCUGAACCUGAAGUAGAAUCUCCACCAGCAGCAGCCGAAUCUUCGUAAGCUCUCCUGCACUCAAUCUUUGCCGAUGACGUAGGACGAUGACGUCAUGAUGAUCUAAUCCUUCCGUGACGUCACCACUCUGUCGUCUGAAGCGCAUUUUUUCUGAAGACGGUGCAAGAGUUUGUGGUCUGUUAUUAGAUUAUUAGUUCACACUAACGCGAGAGUAUUUAUUUGGUAUUUUCUUUUCUUUGUACACGAAGUCUUGCCUUAAAACACGAUAUCCGUUAUUUGCCAUUUCAUUGAGGUAGCUUUGUUUAAUGCGUAACCACGUUUAAAGAUAACUUGUUUUUGUUUCGUUUUGUUUUUGGGUACUAACUUGUACCGACUGCCCCUUGUUUUGAAACGGCAUCUUUUGAUUUAUUUCAUUACUUUUUUACGGCGUUUGUAGAUGUUUGAGAUAUUUGUAUGUGAAUGGAAUAAGAGAUGUUAUAUUUGAUACAUCGUAAAAUGAUUGUUGCGGUUUUAAAACCAAGAACGUUACUUCGUUUGGAUAUCGGUACCUAAUGGCUGCUUUUUUAUAUGUACUUUUCAAAAUCGGUUUUGUACAGUCUAUAAAAAGUGUUUAUGGUAAUGUACGGAAGAACGUAUUUUCGUAUUUUUUCUUCGAUUUUUUUUUGUUAUAAGAUUACGCUCAGUAUAAGAACUCGGCCGCCGAAUUUGGCAGAAUUUCAACUUUCUUUUUCACAUUAAUUUUACAAGCAUGGUGGAGCCGUAACGGGCACUGGGGGUUGGCAUUAACACAAAAAAACACGCAAGUUAUCACUGUUAACACAGGUACGGUGAAAAUGGGACUGUUUUACGCUAACCAAUGCAAGUUGCCUAAAAACGGACAGUCGUUUACGUUUUAUGUACAUAAAUUUAUUUGUAUUUCUUGUGUUUUUGUUUCGCAGUUCACAUAAAAUCACCAUUUUCGUUUAUCGUAACACAAGCUACCAUAAUUAUUCUAUUAAAACAUACUAGAACACAAA